AUAGCCGGAAGGUCGAUUUUUGUUUUGUAAGAUUUGCUUUAGUACUUGUUAUUUUAUGGAACUGUUUUACAAAGAAACAAAAUGGGCCACUGGAGCAUUCGCGUGUGAUGUGACUAAUAUGUAACUUGGAAAGGAGCAACCAUGUACUGGACAAUAACAUUAUAAGUACCAAAGCAGUUAUGCAGUGCUCUAAUUUUCUAUGGUAACAUCACACACAUCUGCAGAGUUUUAUGUCAGGAAGGAUCAGCAACAUGAUAUCUAAGUCAGAAAAGCCUUCUGUGGAUAGAGUCACUCAUCCUAACAUCAUAGAAAUGCACAUGCUAGAUCUGUACAAGUUCUUUCCUACUAUGACUUUUUCGUCUUGUGCCAUGAGGGUGUUCUACUACCCUUUUACAAAGGUCACAAUUCUCCAGCAGCAGCAGAAAGAGAAAGAGAAACUUUACAAAAAUAUAAGUGAUGCUUUUGCCAAGAUUUACCAGAGACAGGGAGUUAAUGGACUUUUUAGAGGAGUGACAUUUCGAGCUUUUGGGCAGACCCUUUCUUCUCUAACAUAUGUCAGUACAUAUGAAGUUGUACGAGAACUGACCUCACAUCCAUUUAUAGCUGGAUUUACUGCCUCCUGCACAGCGUCUUGCAUAAACUGUCCAUUUGAUGUAGUAAACCAGUAUGUGAUUCUAUUAUCGAAGCAAGCUAGUAGUCAACAAGAGGUCCAGAUCUUGAAAAGUCUCCAGCCUCUGCGGUACCCUAAAGAAAUAAGACACGGGGGACGGUGGAUAUUGGAGAGUUCAGUCAUCAAAGAUGUGGGAAAUAGACAUGGACUUAAAGGGUUUUGGAGAGCUCUACCAUUACUGAUGAUUAACAAUGGACUUCAUAGUGCCUUGUGGUGGUCCUCCUUUGAAUUUGUGUCAGGUAUUCUGGCAAAUAUGUAUCCUGGGACAUCUAGAGUGCUGAGAAAUACUGCCAGUGGUGUUAUAUCCGGAUUUGGAGUAGCCAUAAUUACAAAUGGUCUCUCCAUCACAACGACAAGAGCACAGGUGAGCCAGACCAGUAUACAGGUAGCUGCUAGGAAUCUGUACAGAGACGAAGGGAUUUUGACAUUUCUUACCAAGGGGCUGCGUCCCAGACUUAUACAGAACAUUCUAUUCUCAUUCCUAGCCACACUAGUGUACGACUCCGUAAAACAGUUCUCUUUAAAAGAAGAAUACAAAUCCCAGGUCACAUGGUGAUGAACAUUCAUCUGUAGGCAGUGUCUAGCAUACUUGUAUAAAAUACAGAGAUCUUGAUGUUCGUCUGCAAAGUACAUGGAUGUAUAUGAUUUUUAAAUUAUUUCUAUUUACCUGUGUUUUUUACCAAAUUAGGAACUGUGAUUUUAUAAAAUGAUUUUAUUGUAUAAGUAUUUUAUAUUCUAUGUCCCCAUAUAAAAGGGGCUCGGGCACAAAUUUGAAGUUACCGGUAAUACCAGAGAAUGUUCUAAAAUUUUCAGUAUCAAUAAUUAUAUACCGUAUAAUCCCUAUUAACUGCCCCUACCCCUAUAAGCACCCCCUUAGGUAUUUUUCAAUUGUCAGGAAAUAAGGGCCCUGUAAGUGAUUAAAAUCAACUAGAAUCCUAUCAAAAAUAUGAAGAGAGUGAAAAUUAAAUUUGUCUAUCAUCGAAUUUCUAAGUGGAAAAUGAACAUUUUAGCAUAAUUUGGGUGAAUUAUCUUCACUUUAAGUAAAGUUAGACAUUAUCUUAGUUGUUUCUUGUAUUUAUUUUUAUUUUCAAACGAUUUUUUGAAGUUAAAAUAUGACAUUAAAUAUCAUAAAUAGAACACCAAAACAACUCCUCCUUUUUGAAAUUUUCUAAGCGCCCGAGGCGGUUAAUAGGGAUUAUAUGGUAUUGCUAGAGUAUUUCAUACCACAUUCUUUUAAUUUAAAAGCAUGUUUAAAAUUUUUUUUUAAUCUGGGAAAUAUUAUUUUUGGACAUGUUUGUUUUACACACAUUCAUGCACAAGCUCACAAACUGUAUCCUUAAUAUUUAAGAAAUGUACCAAAUUUGUAGUAUACUUGGUUGUAUUAAUAAAACUUUAAUGGAGAAAUUAAAACAAACUUAAAAUUUAAAACCAGCUUACCAAUAUUGUCAGAGUGCGACAUGUAUAGUUUUAAAAAAUUGAACACGCUUGUAAAACACAAACAUUAAUAACAAAAAAAAAAGCUUUUACCAGUGUUUACAAAUACAGAUGUUUGACACAAUGUCACAAGGAAUGCCAUUGUCAUCGGUUUUAUCUUUUGAAUUUUUGUGUACGACUUAAGUUUUUUUUU